GUUCAAAUAUUAUAAUCCAACAACAACCAACCAUAACCAAGCGAGAAAUUCAAGAUUUUUUUAAACCAGCUGAACAAAUUUACGAUUAUGAUGAUACUGGUAGUAAUGGUAAUAAUGAAAAUGUAGAAAAUAAUCAACCUUGUUCUUCUAUUCUAAAUGAAAUAGAUGAUAAAUAUGAACAAUCUACAUCAACUGGUGCUACAGAAAGUAAUAAAAAUACCGAAAAUUUAGAAAACAAUCACCCUUAUUCUUCUAAUCUUAAUGAAAUAGAUGAUAACUAUGAACAAUCUACAUCAACUGGUGCUUCAGAAAGUAAUAAAAAUACUAAAAAUGUAGAAAACAAUCAACCUUGUUCUUCUAUUCUAAAUGAAAUAGAUGAUAACUAUGAACAAUCUACAUCAACUGGUGCUACAGAAAGUAUUAAAAAUACUGAAAAUGUAGAAAAUAAUCAACCUUGUUCCUCUUUCUUCUAUUCAGAAAAUAUUACUUUUCCAGAAACAUUAUGUAUUUCAACUCCAAUACAAUCAAAUUUGAUAUAUGAAAAUGAUCCGGCUAAAUUUCAUACAUUUAUCAAUAUCAUACCAGAAUUUACUGAUAUGAUUGUACGAAAAGGGCCUUGUCAACCUACAAAUAAUGUUUUUAAGUAUCCAACAAAUGAGGAACACAGAAGUUUUCAAGAGUCGUGGUUUACAAAAAAAUUAAAUGAUGGGACCUUGGUUAAUAGAGAUUGGUUAUCAUAUUCUAUUUCCAUAGAUAAAAUGUUUUGUUUUCAUUGUCAGAUAUUUGGUAGAACAAAAAGAGACAACUGGGUCAUUAAUGGUGUAAGUAAAUGGAAAAAUACAUUACAUAAAAUGUUGGUUCAUGAAACAUCAUCAAACCAUAUAGAUGCAUCUUUAAAAUUUAAAUUAAGGAAUCAGGUAUUACCUAUUCUUCCAUCACUGACAGAAAAAAGAAAAUUUGAAGUCCUCUGUAACCGUGGAAUAGUUAAAGAACUUAUAGACAUCACAUUGUUUUUAAGCCGCCAUUCUCUAGCUUUUCGUGGUCAUCGUGAAAAAUGGUCAGAUUCAUUGCGUGGAAACUUCAAAGAUUUAUGGUCUUUCAUAUCAUGGCGGAGACAAAAUGAACUCGUAGAAUGUAUAUCAGAUGAAAUUGUUGGAAUCAUAUCUAAAAGUAUAAAGGAUUCUCCUUUUUUUAGUGUCUCACUUGAUACAACGUUUGAUGUAUCUCGAAAAGAACAAUUGUCGUUUAUUGUCCGUUACAUCGAUCAAAACUCAGGUAGUAUCUAUGAACGUCUAAUAGCUGUCCUGGAAACACCUAUAACAACAGGUUGUGAAUUAAUGAAUGUCUUUAGACAAACUUGUGAUUCGUUGAACUUAGAUUGGAAACAUCAUCUUGUUGGUCAAUCGUAUGAUGGUGCUGCAAAUAUGAGGGGUAAUUAUAAUGGUCUUCAAAGUUUAAUCAAAGAAAUUAAUCCUCAUGCUAUUUAUGUAUGGUGUUGGGCACACCGAUUAAACUUGGUGAUUACAGAUGUUGUAAGUUCAGGAAUUAAUGCAAUGGAUAUGUUUGGAAAUUUAGAAAAAUUAUAUGAUCUAAUUAAUUCAAGUAAAAUUAGAGUUAAGUAUUAUGAACAGUUUCAAAAAGAAAGAUAUAAAAAGAAACAAAUUCGUCGAAUAAAACGUGUGACAACUACACGUUGGAUGUCUUUUUCAUAUGCACUGGAUGUGGUUUUGAGCACCUAUUUGGCUGUAUUAGACACAUUAGAAAUAAUGCGAAGUACAGAUGGACUAAGUGAUAGAAAAAGUGGAUUUGAAGCUGGAGCUAUACUUGAUUAUUUAAAGUCUUAUCGCUUUGUAUGGACAGCUUUGACAUUUAAAAAAAUUUUUGAUAUACUGUCACCAACCAGCUCAAUAUUGCAGAGCAAAGAUCUAGAUCUUAUGUUAGCUGUUUCUAUGAUUGAACAAAAUAAAAUAAAAAUAUCAAAACUUCGAUCUGAUGAGAGUUUUGAAAAUUUAUCUCAAGAAGUAGAUGCUUUUGUCUUAGAACAAGCUGAUGAAAAUGAAGAAUCCAUUCAACUUCCUACUCCUCGUUUACGUAAGAAGAAAAAAAUGUCUGGUGAACUUUCAGAUGAUGAACUUAUUUUAGAUCCUAUUCAAAACAUCAAAGUGAACACAUAUUUCUCUGCACUAGACAUAGUACAAAGACAACUAUCUGAACGUUUCAGUGAUCAAUCAAUUGGUGUUCUUAAGGAUCUAUCACUUCUUACAAGUAAAGUAAUUUAUAAAAUAAAUCAAGAUCCUAGUUCUUUACCAAAAGAUAGUUUUAAGUUCUUUUUAGAAAUAUAUGGAAAGUUUGUUGAUAAGAAAUAUUUGUGUUUAGAGUACUUACAAUUUGCUUCAUUUUUUAAUACUCUUAUAACAUCAGAAGCUUUACCAAAUACCCUACAUAGCAAAAGUAAAGAAAUAUUUGGGAGUGAAUCUGAACCUGAAAGUGAUGAUGAAAGUGACGAAGAAGAUAGUAAUUCAGAAAAUAUUGUAUCAAACAUUAAAAACAAUUCGGGAAGUUUACAACCAAUUUUUCAAAUAUUUUUAAAUAAAGGUUUAAAAUCUGUAUUCCCAAAUGUUUAUAUAAUGUUAAAGAUAGGAUUGACGUUACCGGUAACUAGUGCUAGUCCUGAAAGAGCAUUUUCCAAGCUGAAAAUAGUGAAGAAUCGACUUCGUUCUACUAUGGGACAAGAGAGAUUACAAGGAUUAAUGAGAAUAACUUGUGAAAAAGAUUUAACUAUAAAUUAUGAAAAUAUCAUUAACACCUUUGCAUCUAAAAGCCCUCAUCUACUAAAAGCAUUAGUGUUAUAA